CUUUUAGAUACCACAGGGGCAAAAACUUGAACUUUCUGUUUAGGGUUUUCAGUUCGACUGUUUGCGAAGGAAGGAGAGGUAGCAGCGCUGAACAGUUAAAUUAGGGGGAGAUGUCGAAGAAGAACAGCUUAUCGCGACGGAAGAAACAGUACGAAUUCGACCUACAAAGAGAGAAAGAAGAGAAAGAGAAGAGGCAAAAAAAAUUCCAGAUGAAAAAGACUAAGAUGAAAAUUGAUGGUAGUGGGAAGAAAAAGAAGGGUUCGGGUGGCUUUCAAGUUGGGAAGAAAAAAGUGAAGACCAAAUUGACAGCAUUGGCAAAGGCUAAAGCUGCCCAAGCAAUGGAGGUUGAAUAAAUUUCAGUUUUUGGAAAUGGGUAUUGUUCAUAUUGUAGGAUCUCUUUUGGGUUCUAAAGACAUUCUCACUUUGUAACGUAAACGAGGAAAUUUCCAAUUUUCUGAUGUCUCACUGUUUGUUGUUUACAUUUUAACUCCAAUAGGAAACUUUUGUUGGUUAUGGUCA